AUGGGAAACGUGCGCACGGCUUUUGCUAUCUCAGCGUUGGCUGCUGCAGCCGCGCAGGUGCAGGCUCAAGACCUUAACCAGACAAUUGUUGGCUGUGUCGACGUCGAGUGCCCUGUCAGCAGUACGAGCAAUGUAGAUGAUAAUUGCACCGUAGCAGAUACCGGCUCAUUUAUCUAUGUCGGACUAACACGUGUGCCAACUGACAACGACGCUCUCUCGGGUUUGUCAUGGUCCAAGGGCUUCAACGUCGGCUCGUCUGACAACAAACGGGAGUUUCAGAGCACAUUCUACCUGGGCACACCACCGGACUUACAAUUGGAUAAUUCAACGGGUGCAUGCGCUGUUUUCCUGCACGGCGCAUCUAGGAAUCUGGCUUUCCCCGGCGAUAACCACGAGACUGCGCAGGGCACAUGCGCGGAUGCCAUGGGCUCUUCAUGCGUUGAUGCGCUGGUCUCCCGGGCUAGGACUUUGGUAAACGGAUAUAACAGUGGCAGCGAGAGACUCUCUGUCUCGGAGGCUUGCUCGAGACUGCAGAGCGAUUUGGAAGAUAGUAAAGACGAAGCUUGUGCUCGGAUCUCGGAGGGGCAUUGGAGUAAUUUUACCAGCGCCGCUUUAACUGGUGAGGAUGCAUCACAACCCAUCAGUCAGCAGCAAAACUCAUCUUCAACCUGCUGGCCUGUCAUCCCAAAGCAGGAUGAUCUCACCCUAGUUAGCCAGUAUAACUACACAGGAGAUACCACCUUUAAUGAUCUAGAAAAGGCUAUGUGGGCUAUUACACCCAUAAUCACGGUCUUCUACUCGGCAGGUAACGGAAGUCUAGUUACUGAGACUGAAGCUUCUAUGUCUUGUAUCAAAGUUGUCGGACCCCCUAGAGCGUCUCUGUCUACUAUAAAUAAUGGUUCCAGCGAUGAUGACGGUAACGGUGCUGUUGGCCUGUCGUCAUCUCAGUCGAUGUUAUCAGCUGCGUUGCUUGCAGCCGUUGCUGCAUUUUUCAUUGGGAUCUAG